CUUUUGAAUCCUGAACAUCCUGGAAAUCUUCGCUUCGCUCCCCCACAAUGCAGUUCGGCGACAAGCGAGGAAAAGUGACGUCAUCCCCAUUCAAAGGCAAUGGGCAGAGAAGCGUUGGAAGCGGUGGAAGAAUUGUCUAGCUGCUGUGUGGACGGGCCAACUGCUGUCUCCGACGCUGCAGCUUCAUGCUACUCGAACUUUCUCUUCAGUCUGCCGAACAGAACAACUCUUCCACUAAGUGACGCAUCAUGAAACGUGCCAGAGGCGGUCAUGGUGAGGAAGCUCCCCGGCAGAAUGCCACUGCAGGCCAGAGGAAAUCUGACCAAAGUGACGGGGACAACAGUGGUUGUGACCUCGGCCAAGCUGACAUGCAAGACGAAGACGAUAACCCGGGGAUCCGGAGGGAAAUACGGAGCAAGUACAGAGAACUCAUCCAGUCAGUGCAACAGAAUAGGGAAGACAUGCUGAGUCCCUCCAACAACAAGCUCACAGAAGUUUUAGAAGAGGCAAACAAACUUUUUAAAGAUGUGCGGCAGUCGAGAGAAGCUGCUCUGGAUGCCCAGCUCCUCGUUGUGACCUCAGACCUCGGCAAGGAGAAAGCCAGCCAACUUGCCGCGGAGGGCGCUGCUUUUGAUCCCACUGCUUUCACUGAACACCUUCUGUCCUACAUGGGUCUGAACCGACUGAACGACGGGGAGGACGAGCAGCCGAUCGGAGAAGCUAUUGGCUACCUGCCUCCGGAUGCUUGGCACAAAGUGGCCCAGAGAGCAGAGAGCUGUUUCAGGGCAGCCCCAUCCUUCCACUACAUGAUGGGCUCGUUCCAUGCAGAGCCGCCUCCUCCAAAGCAAAGGAUGGAGCGGCAGAGGAAGGCCCCCGGCAAAGAAGUCAAAAGGAUAAUGCCUACUCAGCUGAAGAAAAUGGGAGGCUCCCAUCAAGAAGCGACAGAGAAAGAGGUGGAGAGGAUCCUGGGAUACCUGAAGACGUAUUACCAAGAUGAUCCAACAUCCCCUAUAUCCUAUUACGAGUUUGUCAUCGACCCCAAGUCGUUUUCCCGGACAGUUGAGAACAUUUUCCACAUGUCCUUUCUCAUCAGGGAUGGGCUGGCUAGGAUGUAUUUAGAUAAUUACAAAUUACCUUGUAUAGCUCCAGUGGAGGAGGGAGAGGUGGAAGCUGGAGGAUCAAGCAUCCGUAAACAGUGCAUUGUCUCCAUCAGCCCAAAACAAUGGAAGGAACUUAUAGAGUGCUACGACAUCAGGGUCACAAUGAUCGAUCCUUCAAACAUGCAGCCUGAGUGAUGGACCCUGCCGCCUUUCUUUUAGUUGAAUUGUUUGAAAUUGUAAAUACAUACAGCAGUGACUUAUUUCUGUUGCACACAUUGAUUUAAUCUGAGUUUUUUUACUGUUUUUAAAGUUUGAAUAACAAAAGAA